AAACCCUCUCUCAUUUCAUCUAUAUAAACUAUAAUUUCUGCAAAACUAAACAUAUCACAUUAAUAUUCUGCAAGAUCCUUUGAAUAACCAAUUCAAGAAAUGGCUUGUGGGUGUUCAUCAACAGCAAUAGCAGAGAAGAUUUCAUGGAACUGUGCUUUGUUUGUGGCACUAAUGUUGGUUUUAAGUAGCUGCGAAUCAAGUACAAGUGAUAAUGAUGAGUUGAAUGUUCAGAUUCAGAAUAUGCUGCAGGAAAAUGAUUUUAGCAAUAAUAGUAAUAAUCAUGUCAACAACAAAGUGUGUGAUGAGAUAUAUGUUGUUGGUGAGGGAGAGACACUUCAAACAAUAGGUGAAAAGUGUGGUGAUCCUUAUAUUGUUGAAGAGAAUCCACAUAUUCAUGAUCCUGAUGAUGUUUUCCCUGGCCUCGUUAUCAAGAUUAAUCCUUUGUCUCUUAGUUCAUAAAUAUGUUUCAAUUUAAUUAGGACUAAGUUUUUCAUCUUGCAAAGUUCUAUCGUUAGUUCUUGUUUUGAAGUUGGACAGGUACACUUUAAGUAUGUUUGCGAAAUGAGUUUUGAAGAGCCAAGGUUGUAUUUUUAUGUAUGUAUUUAAAAUUUCAAAAAUAAAAUAAAAGAAUGAUGUGAUAAUCA